GCUCUCUGAUGGCUGGAGCUGCAGGUGAUGAGGGAUGAGCUGUUGCUUUCGCGCCGCUUCUCUUCACCUGUGCGCGCGUUUACGGCAAACCUCGCACGCGGCGCUUUCGGUUCGAUCCUUCACCUCAAUGAGUCUCUAUGUGAACAGUUUGAGCAAAGUGACAUUACUUUCCGCGCGUCAUGUCUCACUCUGAGCGAUGGGCAAGUUCGACGACCACGAGAGGAUAAUCCUCAAUGUCGGGGGCACGAGGCACGAAACGUAUCGGACCACGCUGAAGACCCUGCCCGGCACGCGCCUGGCCCUGCUCGCCUCCGAGUCGGACCUCGAGUCCGUCCUGGACCAGCUGCAACAAGUCCCGGGCUUCAUCGAGUACAGCGCGCGCAACAACGAGUACUUCUUCGACCGACACCCGGGCGUUUUCGCCUACGUGCUCAACUAUUACCGGACCGGUAAGCUGCACUGCCCGGCGGACGUGUGCGGUCCGCUGUUCGAGGAGGAGCUCUCCUUCUGGGGCAUCGAUGAGACGGACGUGGAGCCGUGCUGCUGGAUGACCUACCGACAGCACCGCGAUGCCGAGGAGGCGCUGGACGUGUUCGAGAUGAACGUGGACAACGACGACGACGACGAGAUCGGGAAGAGACUGGGCAUCGAGGACGCGCUCUGCGCCGACGGUACCGUCAGCCGCUGGAGAAGGUGGCAGCCGGUGAUCUGGAACCUGUUCGAGGACCCCUACUCAUCCAGAGCAGCGCGGUUUAUAGCAUUCGCUUCUUUGUUCUUCAUCCUGGUUUCCAUCACAACCUUCUGUUUGGAGACCCACGAGGCCUUCAACACCAUCGUCAACCAUACAGACAGCCUUCGAAACGACAGUUUCACAGAUCUCAGCCAGCACUAUGAGAUCGAAACGGACCCGGCCCUCACCUACGUCGAGGGAGUUUGCGUUCUCUGGUUCACCUUUGAGUUUCUGGUGCGCGUAACGUUCAGUCCGGAUAAGCUGGAGUUUGUCAAGAGCGUACUGAACAUCAUAGACUUUGUGGCCAUUCUGCCGUUUUAUCUAGAGGUCGGACUGAGCGGACUCUCCUCCAAAGCGGCAAAAGAUGUUUUGGGGUUCUUGCGCGUUGUACGAUUCGUACGGAUUUUGCGAAUCUUUAAGCUGACGCGUCAUUUCGUGGGCCUGCGCGUCCUUGGACACACCCUUCGUGCCAGCAUCAACGAGUUUCUCCUGCUCAUCAUCUUCCUGGCGUUAGGAGUCCUCAUUUUUGCCACCAUGAUCUAUUACGCCGAGCGGAUCGGGGCCAGCCCCAAUGACCCGACGGCCAGCCACCACACCAUGUUUAAGAACAUCCCCAUUGGCUUUUGGUGGGCUGUGGUCACAAUGACCACCCUGGGAUACGGAGACAUGUACCCGCAGACGUGGUCUGGCAUGGUGGUCGGCGCUCUCUGCGCUCUUGCGGGCGUGCUGACGAUAGCCAUGCCGGUGCCCGUCAUUGUGAAUAACUUUGGCAUGUAUUACUCCUUAGCCAUGGCCAAACAGAAGCUUCCCAAAAAAAGAAAGAAACACAUCCCGCAGGUUGUGCAGACCGGCUCACCCUCUUACUGCAAAACUGAUCUUAGUACAGCCUGUAACAGCACGCAGGGAGAUCUCUGUCUGGGUCAAAGCGGAGGACUGGAGCGCCAUCGCUCAGUGUUGUCUGCAGACUGCAGUGCAGGAAGUGACAUCACCACGUCUCCAGAAGAGAGGAUACCCAUGCGGCACUCCAGCGUACGCGAGCAGGACCGUCAUACUGAAGGAACGUGUUUUCUGUUAGCUGCCAGCGAUUAUACUUGCACAGCAGACGUAGCCAUUCGUAAAACAGCUACUGUAUCACCUCUGGCUGAUGUAAAGUUUAUAUCGGCCAGAGACGGGGAAGGCGGGGCCAGCAGAGACUCAGAUGGAUUUGAUGAAUUGGAUUGGACAGUCUGGAAUAGAAUAAGCCUGUGAUUGGACAGCUCUGAAAGCGGACACUAUGAACAGAGGAUAUCCCAUCUGAACGGACGGCUCACGCUUUUGGAUUUUCCCGUUUAAUUCGAUGCAGAAAGAAACGAAACCUGUCGGCUAAAAAAAUUCUCACAUGGAUAGUGAGGCGCUUUCCGCUUGAAACAUAUUUGAAGUCAGCUGUCCAUUUAAAUGUUGCAUCUGUAUAAAAUCACAUGUACCACCUGUGGCUUCACCUCUGUGUCAGGUAGCAAAUCAUACACACUUGAACCCCUUCCAUAGCCUCUUUCAUUGCAAUAAGUGUAUUAAGGUGUGUAGAGGCACAAGUGUUUUAAAAUGAAGUAUUAGUGUAUGAAGUAUACUAAAGAGUAGAGAGAAAGUAAACAUGCUAAGUUUAAUAAAUGUCACUUUCAGUCAUAUAUGCUUUAAUUUCCUUUAGUACCUCUGGAGGAUUUGUUGUGGUCUCUCUGUGCCUGUGUGUGUCUGUGUUAAAGAUGUUGAUUAGAAAUGGUUCACUUUAAGACCCCAUGAAAUGUUUUAGCAAGCACACCUUCCUAUUGAAACAGGACAUUGAGACGGGGCAUUUUUGGGGGGCUGGGGAAUAGGGUCUUGUUCUAGAGGAAAUAUUAUUGGUUUAAAGUUGUAUAUCAGAUAUACAGUAUUGUGGACAGGGUGAUGUCAUCAAUAUUGAUGAAUUGAUUUUCUGGAUGAGAUUAAUUGUACGUUUUAAAGGUGAAGUGUGAUAUCUCCUGAACGCUCCCUGUCUUCCAUUGGUUGGACAAACUGAUUGGUCCCUGAGUCCAUUAUGUUGCAUUGGGUUAACCGGGAUCCUUAAAAAAACAGUGUUAUUUAUGUUUCAGAUGGCUCAGUUAGUUGUCUUUACAUUUUAAGCUGGGAAAAGAAAAAAACACACGCUUCAUCUUUAAAUGUACAAAAGCACAAGCGUAUAGACAACCUCGAAGCUUCAAAUAAAAAGCCACAAAACUUCCAUUUCAUUUUCAUGGGGUCUUUAAAAGUGCCUUGAUUUAUCUCUUUCUCACCCCUUGUUUCCUGGAGAAAAAACCCAGUGCAACAAUCAGAUGUGAUGUGCAAUAAUACUGAUUUGAAUCAAAGUCGCACCGAUUCACACUGUGAUUUGAAUCUGAGUCUGUGACGGACGGACCAGCAGAGCUUCUUCAAAAACACAUGCUGCAGCUCUCACUUUACUUCAAUGAAAACCUUUUCUUCUCCAGCCAUGUAGAGAUUACAGCUGUCACAUCCAAGUCUGAGUAAUGGAUAACUGAGAGUCAACACCAAUCCUGUCAAGAACAUGUUCAGUAAUAAAUUAAAUGUGUUUUUAGUUUUUGCCUAAAGAAAAUUACAGUAAAUGCUGUAAAAAAUGCUGGUUUAUUUUCAACCCAGCAUUGGGAUAAAAAUGAUGAACCCAACCCAUUGGGUUGUAGUUUAACCUACUGUAUGCUGGGUUGUUUCAACCUAAAAUGCUGGGUUGUUUUAACACAUUUUUUGGAAAAAUAUGAACCUUUUCUAGGUUAAUUUAACCCAAUGAAUACACUGUAAAAAACACGGGUUCCAGACGAAUUCCGUCAAAUUACGGAAAAAUAAAAUUUUUCAAAAUUACGUGCAAUAGACUGUAAAAAUACAGAGUUGAUUUUACAGUCAAAAUUAAUUAAAGUACAGAAUAUUACCAUUGAUAAACAUCUCUUAAACCCUAAAAAACAAAUAACAUCUUUGAAUGGUAAAUCCCUGUAAAUUUAUGGCUUUUAUCAGUUAGUUUGUGAAGCUGUUCUGUAGUUUUUACAGAAAUGUACUUUAAAAUUAAUGCUUUUAUAUAUAAUUUUAUAAUAAUUUUUACAGGUUUGAGUACAGUUCCCUCAUUUUAAAAGAGUUUGUCAUUUGUUGCCGUCUUUUUACACAAAAUAAUUGUAAAAAGAAAAACAGUUAAAUACUACAAAUUCUCUGUUAAAAAAAAACGUAAAAUUUAUGUAAUCUUACAUUACGAUUUUUAUCUGUAAUUUUAAUGGUAAAACAUUUAAUUACAGUAAUGUUUUAUAGCUGUAAAACAAUAAACUGUAAAAAAAUACAGACAAUUGCCUGUAAAAUUAUAUUUUUUAACAGUGUAGGUUUGUUCCUUUUUGACAUAAAAUUGGCUUGAAAACAACCCAGCAUUUUUUUAGAGUAUAAUAAAGUGAGUUUUAACAACCAAAACCUCAAUUACCAACUUGAUAAAUACUUUACAAAUAUAUCAUAUUAUAAUAGAUCAUUUUUAUUGUUUGUGUUUUGUUUUGUAACUGUUUUGUGUUACAAAACACAAAAGUUUGAAAUGUUAUCUGAACAUGUUCUUGACAAAUUUUGUCAGAUUUGUGUGCUUGUGUGUGCGUGCGUGUGUGUGCGCGUGCGUGUGUGUGUUCUCACCACCCACAAAACUUAAGAGUUUAGUAUUAUUCAUGUUAAUAUUAUCUGCUGCUUAGGAAAGUCAGGGCACAGUUUCAAAUAUUAAUGACAACAUGUAAAGUUAUAUAUUUUUGAACCUAGAUCUUGUAUAUUUGUGUCUUUUAAAGAGUCCAGCUGUGUAUUUGUAUGUCUGUGAACUUGAAGUGUUUAAUGUUCCAGUAAUUGGAGUUUUUUGAACAUGUAUUGUAGAGUCAUUUGUAGUGCAUGCAGAGACUCGUGGUCAAAUGUAAAGACAACGUCUGAAAAACAUGUACAGUUCAAUGCAAUGUGAGACAGUCAGAUAAACAUAUUAACCUUGUUUUAAAAAAAAGCUUUCUUUCCUUUUUGUUAAAAACACACAACGUCUACCAGAGGAACAAUUCACUG